ACUGUCGUGGGCGGUAAAUUCUCUCUAUAAAUCAUAAUUAAUGUGCCCAAGCCGCCCACUCCCGUGAUGUUAUUGGACAAGCUUUUCUGCGCGCGCGUGCGUGUGAGUGUACGUGUGUGCGCGCGCGCACUCGGGCUCCAUCUCCUUGAUGAAGCCCGCGGGAGGAGAAGGAAGGAGGAAGGCGGUACGAGCGGGGAUGACAACCAACCGAGCUCCAUCCCUGCCACCACCAUCCUCCUCACCAUGCAUCCGCAAAAUGGCACCCGCGGCCGGCGAUGAACCGCCGCCACCAGCUGUAGAAGAAGCGGGAGCGGCAGCCGCGCCGGCGAUGCGGACACUCGGCCGGAUUACGACGACGACGACGACGACGACCGCAGUGUGAGUGAGGCCGCUCUCCUCGCCAAGAUGGUCCGCGCGGCCCGCGCCCUGGGUCUGAUCAUCCUGUGCGUGGCGGUGCUCAUCCUGUCGCUCAUCAGCUACGUGUCCCUGCGGAAGGACAGCCUCUUCGGGACGCCCGUCGGGGGGCCCCGGAUCAUGUUCCACGCGGGCUUCCGAUCGCAGUUCGCCAUGAAUUUCCUGGACCCUUCUUUCAUCCCGCUGACCAACGCCCUGAAUGAGGAGCUACAGGGGAAGCCGCCCAAGUGGAAAUUCAACAAGACUGCCUUCUUCCAGCAGAGGAAGGACAUCUUCAACUUCAUCGACAUUCCGCACAACUUCUCUCUGACCAAAAGCAGCGUCCGCGUGGGCCAGCUGAUGCACUUCGAUUACUCCAGCCACAAGUACGUCUUCUCCAUCAGCAACAACUUCAAGUCCCUGCUACCCGACGCCUCGCCCAUCCUGGACAAGCACUACGGCACGUGCGCCGUGGUGGGCAACAGCGGCAUCCUGACGGGCAGCCACUGCGGCUCCGAGAUCGACCGCGCCGACUUCGUCUUUCGCUGCAACUUCGCCCCGACCGAGGUGUACGCCAAAGACGUGGGUCGCAAGACCAACCUGACCACCUUCAACCCCAGCAUCCUGGAGAGGUACUACAACAACCUGCUGACCAUCCAGGACCGAAACAACUUCUUCCUGCACCUGAAGAAGCUGGAGGGCGCCAUCCUGUGGAUCCCGGCCUUCUUCUUGCAUACGUCGGCUACCGUCACGCGUACCCUGGUGGACUUCUUUGUGGAGCACAAGGGCCAGCUCAAGGUGGAGCUGGCCUGGCCCGGAAACAUCAUGCACGACGUCAACAAAUACUGGAAGACAAAGAACCUUUCCCCCAAGCGCCUGAGUACUGGCAUUCUCAUGUACACGCUGGCGUCGGCCAUGUGUGAUGAGAUCCACCUGUACGGUUUCUGGCCCUUCGGCUGGGACCCCAACACGGGCAAGGACCUGCCCUACCACUACUACGACAAGAAGGGCACCAAGUUCACCACAAAAUGGCAGGAGACCCACCAGCUACCCAGCGAGUUCAAGCUGCUCUACCGGCUGCACCGCGACGGCGUCACCAAGCUCAGCCUGACGCAUUGCACGUAGAUGGGGGGGCAGCCGCCACGGGGAGGGGGUUUGCGUAUGAUGCCGCGCCCUGAUCCAACAUGCCGUGCUCUCAUUCCACAUGUCCGUCUCGCUCGGUUUGAGUAUUUUGGUGUUAAGUAUUCCAGUCAGACGCCUCAAUGGCGCUCCUUCGGCAUGCCUGCUGGCAGUGGCAAACACAGUGGAACCUCCACAAAGACAAAAUAGAGCCCAACCCUCGAAUUU